AUGUGGGUGGAACUGUUUUUCUUGAUGUGUUGUUUCUACUGUGUUUGGUUCGUUUGGUCGACCAGGAAGCAAAAACAGACCUUACCCCCUGGACCAUUCCCGUUACCCUUGAUAGGAAACGUUCAUCUUGUUGGCAAGCGGAUGCCCUAUUCAAUGGAACAUCUACGAAAGAAAUAUGGUGGGGUCUAUACACUUUUUGUACCAUCAGGAAAUUUCGUUGUCGUAAACAGCGGUAAAAUAAUGCAUGAAAUGCUUAUCAAAAGCAAAGAUGACUUUGCGAACAGACCUAGUGGAUCAAGGUUGAUCAAGAAGAACUUGUUCAAUGAUAAGGCUAUCCCUUUUGUCCCAUACGGUCCAUUCUAUAUUUUUUGUCGCAAGGUCAUCACUAAUGCACUUCAUAUGUAUGGUGAUGGUGUAAAAACCGCGGAAAACCGAGUGCUAUAUGAGGUCAAGCAACUGGUGACGCGUAUUGAGGGAGAAAACGAGACGGCAUUUUGCCCCAUGGAAUAUCUUUCUCAAGCUAUCACGAACGUAACAACAUCUUGGCUUGUUUCCGAAAGGUGCGAGCCUGGUGAUCCUAUUUUCAAAACGCUGCGCGAAUUUGUUGAUAACGUUUUGUAUGUCAGUCACCAGUGGACAAAUAUCGACUUUUUGCCGUUUUAUGAAUAUCUUCCUUUUGAUAUUUCGAGGCGAUUUCGGCAAACGAAACAAGUACGUGAUGAAUAUUUCGGAAAAUUGCUCAAGGAACAUCGAGAAACAUACCAAUCGGGCGAGGUUCGUGACAUCGCGGAUGCCCUUCUUGCCGCCUAUGAGAAGGAGGAAGUUGAAGGGAAAGGAAAAGAUAUUGGAACAAUUGAUGAUAUUACGACUAUUAUGAUGGAUUUCUUCAUUGCUUCGAGUGAUACUACCACAGCUACGCUUAGUUGGUUUAUACUGUACAUGGUGUUGCAUGAAAAGGUGCAGAAAAGAGUUCACGAAGAGUUAGAUCUUGUUGUUGGCAGAGAUCGCACUCCGUGUUGGAAAGAUGCAGAGAACCUGCCAUUUCUACACGCAGUCAUAUGUGAAACGAUUCGCCAUGCCUCGCCUGUGCCCUUGCUCGGUAGAAAAACCUUGCGUGAUACUACCAUUAAAGAAUACCAAAUCCCUCGAGACACAAAAAUUUUGCUAAACAUGUGGUAUGUAAACAACGAUCCGCAAGAAUGGAAUGAACCGUUGUCUUUCAAUCCUGAUCGAUUUCUUGAUGAGAGUGGAAAGUUCCGCGGCUGGAACACGUCCGCGAGUUUCUAUCCUUUUGGUGCCGGAAUUCGCUCAUGUCUCGGGCAGUCACUAGCGAAGAUGAAUUUGCUCCUGGUAGCGUCCAAUUUGCUGCAUCAUUUCCAAUUUAAUAUCCCUUGUGGAGAGGCUGAGCCAAGUUUGGAAUCGCAGCCAGGCGGGGUUUGUUAUCCAAAACAAUUUUUAUUGUGUGCGAUAAAACGAAAGUGAGC